UUUGUAAAAACUGAUUAGUGAUAAAGUGAAAUAUUUCACAGCGGUUUAAAGUGUGACAAGCAGAUGCAAAGAUGUCUGUCGCUGGCUUGAAGAAGCAGUUUUAUAAAGCGAGUCAGAUGGUGAGUGAGAAGGUAGGAGGAGCAGAAGGCACCAAGUUGGAUGAAGACUUCAAGGACCUGGAGAGGAAAGCUGACAUCACCAGUAAAGCCAUCGUCGAUGUGCUCACCCGGACCUCGGAGUAUCUGCAGCCCAACCCAGCUUCCCGGGCAAAGCUUUCCAUGCUGAACACCGUGUCGAAGAUCCGAGGCCAGGUGAAGAGUACUGGGUAUCCACAGGCAGAGGGAGUGCUCGCGGACUGCAUGGUUAAAUACGGCCGCGAGAUGGGAGAGGACACUAACUUUGGUGGCGCUCUUGUUGAGGUGGGUGAAUCGAUGAGGAGGAUGGCUGAAGUGAAGGACUCCUUGGAUAUUGAUGUUAAGCAGAAUUUUAUCGACCCUUUCCAAACCAUCGUAGACAAGGACCUCAGGGACAUCCAGCAACAACUUAAGAAGCUGGAAGGCCGCCGGUUAGAUUACGACUACAAGAAGAAGCGGCAGGGGAAGAUUCCAGACGAGGAGCUCCGCCUGUCUUUAGAGAAGUUCCACGAAUCCAAAGAGGCUGCAGAGAUUAGCAUGCACAACCUGUUAGAAACUGAUGUGGAACAGGUGAGUCAGAUCUCUGCCCUGGUGGAGUCUCAGCUGCAGUAUCACAGACAGGCAGUGCAGGUACUGGAGGAGCUCACUGACAGAAUGAAGGACAGAUUGGACAACGCCCAGUCUCAGCCACGUCGGAAAAGAAUGCCCAAACCAAUGCCCAGUUUAGAUUUAGAUGAGCCAUCCAACGGGGGCUAUAGUUCAACACCUGAGCCCCCGCCCUACACCUCGGCAGGCCCUGUUUUACCCUCCCGUACAUCUGUACGCCAGAAACGGCAAUCGACGGACCAGCCGAGCUGUAAGGCCCUGUACGACUUUGAGCCCGAAAACGACGGUGAGCUGGCAUUCCGUGAGGGUGAUAUCAUCACGCUGACCGGCCAGAUCGACGAGAACUGGUACGAGGGCUCGCUGCACGGCCAGGCAGGUUUCUUCCCGUGCAACUACGUGGAGGUGAUGGUGCCGCUGUCUCGCUGAAACCAGAGAUGUAGGGGGGCUGUAUUAACGAUAGGGGUGCGAUGAUGAUGAUGAGAUGGAAAGGACCGGACAGGAAACGUAGGCCAGGGAACACGAUCAGACCAUGGAAGACGGCUGUUCUUUUUUUUCUGCAUCUUUCCAGCAGGUCUCUUCAGUGAAGGCCAUUGGAGGAGGUUAUUUUGAUUAUUAAGUCACUUUGUUUAAAACAUCAUAUUUACUUUAGUGGCCAAAGAUUUAUUUUCUUUACUUUCCUUUAAUAUCUAUAUUUUUAAUUAUUAUUAUUAUUAUUUUUUAUUCUUGUCAUGCUUCGUUUUAUUUUGUCUGUGCCCAUGCUUGACAGUAUGGGUCAACUGGACUCCGUUUUUGCAUGUACUGUCUGCCCCCUAGUGGCUGUAACUUGUAGUGUAGUAAUUUGCUGUAGGUAGGAUUAGGCAAUUUAUCAUAUAUAUAAAUUAAUGUUUCUCAUUAAUCUGAACUGAUUUCUGCUCUUAGUACAGAAUUAUUGUCUUUAUAGUUUAUAUUUUAUUCCUACCUGACCUUCACCAACUCCUCUUUUAAUAAGUGUUGCUAAUUUGUCCUUACACUUUAGUAUUCCAGUAAUGUUUUGCCUAAAAAUUAACAGUAAUCUGUGCCUCA